UCCAACCACCAUGUUUGAGAAAAAUAGCUUGAAAGCAAUGUGACUGCCAGUGCCAGACUAUACGUUAUAACUGGCGUCUAAAUAUUGACAGAAAAUGCUCACCUGCUUUAGAAAAUUGUGAGAGGAAUUCGAGAUGUGAUCAUGAAUCGUCCAUCUUUACGUAGAAGUUCCAGGACACAAUAUAAAGCAAAGCUUUCUAAAAUUAAAAACCAAAACAAAGAUGACAUAUGUCAAGCACCCGAGGACAAAACACAAACAACAUCGAGACAGAAAAGAACCGUCACCAACAAAGACAACGUAACAAGUGAUGUGAUUUACAUCGAUAAUGGGGAGGAACAGAGUGAUGAUAGUUUCAGAUCUCGUGGGACACAAAACAAUGAAAGGGAUUACUUUCAGUGCUCACAGGAAAAUUCAGCAGAAGUGUUUUGGGACUGCACAUCUCCUGACAUGCGUAAAUUUAUCCGUUCCAAAAGGAAGAAAGGGGAGAAAAGCAAUGUUGGGGACAUUGUGCAAACACUUUCUGAAACAAAAUGUGAUGGUGAUUUGGAGGAGGCCAGCAAACCUGGACUUUUAGGGCUGUGGAUGGACACUGAUGUGGAUAGUCUGUCAAAGCCAACAUUAGAUCUUGUUUUCUCUCCAACCAGUAGUUUUCCUCCACCUCGUGCUAACAAAGAGAAACGAGGGGCAGCUGUCACUCUGUCAUCAGAGUUAAAAGAGAAAUUAGCUAUGAGGAUGAAGGAAGAGAAAUCUCCAGUAUCAAUCUUGCAGAACACCAAAGGCUCAGAGAAAAGAAAGAGAGCAUCUGAGUCGAUGGACACUGCUGAAACUGGAGAAAGUCCGUCAAAAAUAAGCAAGACACUACUAUCCCGUGAACAGCGUGAUAAAAAUGAUAAUAUGGAAAAUUCAAGUGAAACUUCCUGGAGUGAGGAUGAGUUUUAUGAAGAUGAUUCCUUUAUUAUCAAAGCAACACAAACUCCAAAAGUACUUAAUAGAAAUGUCACAGAAAAUAGGGCAUUAAAUACCAAGUUGUGUAUUAAAACACGGUCACCAGCGAAAUCUGACAAGAAAGCAAAAUAUUUAGAUCAUAAAAGUGUAGCAGGUCAUUCUAACAAAAGUAUUUUAAUUAAAAAGACUGAUAAGCAAAGCUCUAAAGCUGUACAGAGACUGCAACCAGUCAAGAGAGUGUUAAACACUAAUGAACAUAAAAAAGAUACUUCUACUGUUUCUGGGGUGAGCAAAAACAGUAAAAGAAGGAGUCUAGGAUUUAAUUGUAGUUUAUCUGAUGACAUCCUUUGUCAGUUGGUGGAAAGUGACUGCAAUUUAGACAGCCAGGUACAAAGUGACAAAGAAGAUGAGAGUCAAAAGUCAAGGAAACCGCAAAACAGUGUAUUAGUCUCAACUGCAAAAAAAGAUAACUAUCCUCCAAAGCCUGUUUCAGAUUGUGCAAGAAAAAAUUGCAUGAAAAAAGUGCCCAGUGCAGAUAAGUGUGUUAGUAAAAUGUACACAUUUGUUCCAAAAAGUCAAACAGUUCUGCAACAUAAAACACUGAAUGCAACAGAAACAUUGUCAAACACAAAGGAGUUGAUUAGAGGUCCACAAAAAGUUGGAACUACACAAUUUAGUCGUGAGGGUAGUGCAGAAGUAGCAGAUGAAAAUGUGGAUCUGUUCCAGUCAGAUGAGGAGGAUUUACUGAGUGAGCCCCAGGUUCUAGCAUUAUUAGAUAGUGUGGAAUCACAGGUGCCCAAAGCGGACCGUUCAUUUUCAAACAGUCAGCCAAAUGUUUGUUCAGAGGAGUCUUCACAGAGAGAAACCACACGCAGAUGUACACCUGAAGAAAUACAGCACAAAAAGGAUGCAGCUAUUGCCAAAAGAUUGUCAAGUAGCCAACCAAACAGUACAAGAAACUCACAAGCAAAGAGCAGAACUACACAAAGUGUGUGCAUUUCACCCAAGAAAGAGAGUUUAACAGAAAGUCCUUCAUUAGGAGGUUCAUCUAGUCCCCACAAAUGCAGUCCAGAAGAAAUUGAAAGAAAAAGGAAUGCAGCUAUCGCUAAAAGACAGAAAAAGUGUUCUGGAAAUAAUUCAAACAAUGUGAAUGUGGCAAUGCCAGUAUCAUCAUUUUUAAAAAGAAAUGACGCUGUAGGACACCCAGUUGAUAAGUCAGAGACUCGUGUGUGUUGUGGUGUCAAGAAAGUUAUCGGGAAUGCGAGUCAUUCAUUACAGAGUGUGAUUGAAAAAAAAAGACUUGAAGCUCUGAAGAGACGAGAAUUGAAACUAAGGUCUUCUCAAAGUUGUAAAUCGUCUACUGCUCCACUUCCGGUCAACAUGGCACAACAACGGGACGCUACAUUGAUAUGUUUAUUUGAUGUGGACGGAACUCUGACCGCUCCACGCCAGGUUGCGACACAAGAAAUGAUAGAUUUUCUGCAAAAACUGAAACAGAAAUGUUACGUUGGUAUUGUGGGGGGCUCAGAUUUGACCAAGAUCGCUGAACAGAUGGGAAGUAAUGUUGUAAAUGACUAUGACUUUGUGUUUGCUGAGAAUGGUUUAGUUGCUUAUCACAAUGGCAAGCAAGUAGGACAAGAGAAUCUUCUGCACAACAAAGGAGAAGAAUGCCUACAGAGUGUGAUCAACUUUGCUCUGAAGUACAUGUCUGAAUUACAGUUACCUGCCAAAAGAGGAACAUUUGUCGAAUUCAGAAGCAGCAUGUUGAAUCUUUGUCCAGUUGGAAGAAGCUGUUCUCAGAAAGAAAGAGAGGCAUUUGCAGAAUUUGAUAAGAAAAAUGACACAAGGAAGAAGUUUGUGGAGGCAUUGUACCAGAACUUCCCGGAGGCAGGUCUGAAAUUUGCCAUUGGAGGACAGAUCAGCAUCGACGUUUUUCCUAUUGGGUGGGACAAAACUUUCUGCUUACAGUUCCUGGAGAAAGACAGCUUCAAGACAAUCCACUUCUUUGGAGACAAAACAGCUGCGGGUGGAAAUGACCACGAGAUUUACGAGGAUUCCAGGACAGUUGGCCACUCAGUGACCAGUCCUCAGGAGACAAUUAAACAAGUGUCGGAGAUUAUUCCAGGUUUAUAAUGAUAGCUGCCUAUAGACAUGCAAUUUGUUGUUAUAGAUGCGGAGGACUGUCGUCUGAAUUCGUGAGAAAUCCAACUGCCUGAUGGAAUGAGAGCUAUAAAGAACUCCAUUGCUGACUCUUGCAUGUUUGAGGGAUUGAGAGGGGUGAAGAAUCUUAUUACUGUCUGUAAAUUUCAUGUACUACAUAUUUAAAUAUUGGGAGGUAUGAAGAUUGUGGCAAUCUCGAGUACCUAAGCAGGCCUUCACGAGAUCUUGUUCAUUCCAAAACUUUCAAUGUUUUUAUACAGGUUUUCAUCAUGCUCAUGUUAAUUUUAACUGAUGAAACACCUGUGUAUUGUUAUGUAUAAAUUAAUAAGUGUACUUGGUUCUGUAUGCAAUUAUUUUAUACUCAAUUUUUUUCUUUGUCAACGAUAUUGUAGCAAGACCUUUGAAAUAAAAAAUAUACAUGCCAGAU